AUGACGAAGAUGUCUAAUGUUCCAGAUGAUUUGGUAUUGGAGAUAUUCUCUAGGGUUCCAUUGACAUCGCUAGGCAAAGUGCGAUGUACUUGUAAAAGGUGGAACGCUUUAUCCGAAAUUCAGAUUUUUGGUAAAGAAACAGCAGCAAGGAAACAGGUUCUAGGGUUCAUGGUACUUGAUCAUAGGGUUUGUUCCCUGAGAUUCGAUCUCCAAGGAAUCCUCAACGAAGGAGACUUGGUUGGUCCAUCUGUAAAGCAAAUAAGUACACUUGAUCACAUUAAGAUGUCUGAAGUUUUUCACGCUGACGGCUUAUUGUUAUGCGUCACAGAAGACAAUCUCAUGGUGUGGAACCCAUAUUUAGGGCAAACCAAAUUGAUCGGACGGCCUGAGAAAUUUUUCGACAAUAAUCGCAUUAUUGCUUUCGGAUACGACAACAACAAAAACCGUAACCAUAAAAUCUUAAGGAUUUGGGGGGAUUAUGACAACACUGAAGACGACUUUGGAAUAGAUGCUAAUCAAUGCCCCGUGCCUUUGAAGGGAAACACUUACUUUGUUGCUCAAGAGAAAAUAACACAGGAUGCAGUGGAACACUUUUUACUCUGUUUUGAUUUUACAACGGAGAGCUUUGGUCUGCCUCUUCCGUUUCACUCUGAGGGACACGUUGUGACUUUGUCUUGUGUCAGAGAAGAGAAAGAGCAGCUCGCUGUCUUAUGUAAACCUUACGAGGAAUUGGAGAUUUGGAUUACGACUAAGAUUUUGCCAAAUGCGGUAUCAUGGAGCAAGUUUUUGAAAGUGGAGAUCACACCUCUCAAUGGUUUUCUGGAUGAGUUUGUGUAUGACUUUGAUUAUGGGAGCUUCUUCAUUGACGAGGAGAAAAAAGUCGCUGUGGUUUUUUAUGAUUACUAUGAAGAUGAUCCAUCCGAGAACAACCUGUUAGGAGCUGGCAUCAUUGGAGAAGAUGGCCACUUCAAAUUCUUGGAUCUCGGAGAAGCUUGGAAAAAAGGAUUUUGUGAACCAUUUAUCACUAGAGACAAGGUAGCAGCCAACCUGUCAGCAACUCAGCAUGCAGUAUUGUUAUGUGUCGCCUGCGAAGACGAAAGCAAGCCAAAGCUCAUGGUGUGGAACCCGUAUUUGGAGCAAAAGAGAUGGAUCCCACAAUCCAAUAAAGGUUUAGACCGAGAAGACAUGUUUGCUUUCGGAUACGACAACAACAACAAGAAUCGCAACCACAAAAUCUUAAGGAUUUUCGAAAAACUUUUCAAGGACAAAGGCGUCUGGGAAGCUCAAAUUUCCUGUUUAGAAUUGUAUGAUUUAAAUUCUAAUUCAUGGAGGGUUCUUGAUCUCAAACCAUAUUUUUAUAUAGAUUGUUGUGAAUGCAUCACGUCUUUAGAGGGAAAUGCUUACUUUGUUGCUCAAGCGGUAUCAACACAGGAUGAAGAUGAGAAACGCUUUUUACUCUGUUUUGAUUUUACAACUGAGAGCUUUGGUCCGCGACUGCCUCUGCCGUUUCACUCUAAGGGAGAAGUUCUGACUUUGUCUUGUGUUAGAGAAGAGAAAGAGCAGCUCGCUGUCUUAUGGCAAUAUGACGAGGAAUUAGAGCUUUGGAUUACGACUAACGUUUUGCCAAAUGCAGUAUCAUGGAGCAAGUUUUUCAAAGUGGAGAUCACACCUCUCAAUAGUUUUCCGGAUGAGUUUUGGUAUAACUUUGAUAAUGGGAGCUUCUUCAUUGACGAGGAGAAAAAAGUCGCUGUGGUUUUUUUUGAAUACUAUAAGGAGGAUAAAGAUGAAAUUGAAUAUGAUCCAAACAAGGAGAUAGUACAGCAAGGAGCUUACAUCAUUGGAGAAAACCGAAGCUUCAAAUUUGUGGAUCUCGGAGAAGCUUGGAAACCUGUAGUUUGCAAACCACUUGUGUUCUCAUCUUAUGUUCCAAGUUUAGUGCAAGUAGAAUUCAACCAACGGGGAAAAUGA